AGUCACAUGCUUCAGUGCAGGUGCAUCACUCUACAGCUCGCCUGCUGUGAUUGCUGUUAUUUGUAAUCAUCAGCUACUUGACGUGAGGGAUCAUUUUGCUGUUUUCUUUUUCCAAGUUAGACAUGGAGCAGCCUUAUUUUAGCCCAGCAGCUGUCCCACCGGGUUUGGAGUACCUUACACAGAUUGACCAGAUAUUAGUCCAUCAAAAGAUUGAACUUCUUGAAGCCAUUAUUGGCUUUGAGACAAAUAACCAGUAUGAGAUUAAGAACAGCAUGGGCCAGAAGAUCUUCCACGCUAAAGAAAACACAGACUGCUGCACUCGAAAUAUCUGUGGCCCUCUCAGGAGUUUUGAAAUCGAGAUUCGAGAUAAUUUUGAGCAGGAAGUGAUUCACCUGAGCAGGCCUUACCGCUGCACGUCCUGCUGUUUCCCCUGCUGUCUUCAAGAGUUGGAGGUACAGGCGCCACCAGGGAAUCCGAUUGGCUACAUCAAGCAAGACUGGCACAUGUUCAAGCCCAUGUUCUCACUGUAUGACAUGUCCAAAACAAAGAUGUUGACCAUCGAAGGACCUUUGUGUGCCAUCAGCUGCUGUGGCGAUGUGGAUUUUGAUGUAUUGGGUAAAGACGGGAAUCCUGUUGGUCGAAUCAGUAAACAGUGGGCUGGCCUGAUCAAAGAGUCACUCACUGACUCCGAUAAUUUUGGCAUUAACUUUCCCAUUGACUUGGAUGUGAGGAUGAAAGCAGUUCUGCUGGGAGCGUGUUUCCUUAUAGACUUCAUGUUCUUCGAGCAGACCGGGGACUCAGGACAGAGAUGCAGCGUGUUUGGCUAAUAGCAAGAGGGUUCUUGAUCAUGUUUGUCUGAAAUAUAUUCAACUGUAGUAUGACUAUGGUAAACACUUCUAUGUAUGGAUGUACCACUAAUUGUAGCGCUACUAAAAUAACGUUAAAGUACUUUUAGAAAAAACUGGUAACCCAGACUUUUUAAAUAUUUUUCUUGUUAAAAAUAUCAAAUAAAGCAUUUUCAUACUUCA